GAUGUCGCGGAGUUGUCAGUGUAACAAAUUCACUAUGGAAAUAAUACAACAAUGUAAAUGAAAAGAUUUGUUUAUUAUGACGCGUUGUGCCAAAACAUGUGCAGUAGUUCUGUUAAUUUUCUUUAGUAGUGGUACAUUUGUUAUUCAUUUAUACAAUUUUUGGGAGGAGCUGACGGAUUCGGCGCCAGAUGAAAUUGAAAAUUGGUUAAAACAAAGUCAGUUAGGACAAUAUCAACAAUUAUUUAAAGAUAAAGGUAUAUCCCAGUUAGCUCAGUGCGGCCAGCUGGGAGAGCUACCGGAACUUCCAGCCCCCGACGAGCAACGCUUGCAGAAAGCCGCUCUACUCCUGCAGCAGCGCCUGGUGCUCCGCCAGUGGCUUACCAAAUACACCCUGCAAGUCUACUACCCCAAACUGCUCUCCCUAGAAGUGGCCAGCCUGGAGGACGUCUACUGGCUGGAAGACAACAAGGCGAAGCAGGUGUUCAACAAGGAUUUCCCGCGUUGGUCCUCCGCCAGACAAUCCCUACCCAUUUCCAAACAGCGGUUGGACACCCUCAAGGCGGACCUCUGGUCGGAGGUCGUGAAGAAUAGCAAUCACCAAGACGCUUGGACAUGGGGUGGCAUGUUGGUAGUGUCCGUGUCUGUUGCCGGAUUGGUCACGCUGGCUGCCAUGACCCAACCUUCCUUAGCACCUGAAGCAAAACAUUCCUUACUGCAAUACGUAACAGGAAAAUACUUGCUACCUUCCAACUGUAAGGUUAAUUUUCAAUGGUCUUGUCCCCAUCCCGUAGGUCAUACGGUCUGUUUCACUGUGCAAUUCUACCAACGUAACGGACAGCCUUAUCCAAUCUGUGAUACUGAUAAUUUUACUGUUGACGUGUGUGGGGGAUCAAGAAAGUUAGCUGUCAUAACUGAAUUGGGUUCGCCGACGGAUCCAAACAGCGCAAAUGUAGCCAAAGUGAAGUUCACCGUUCGACACGCCGGACAAUACAGGAUUUCUGUGAUGGUAGGCAAUCAACACGUGGCCGGCAGUCCAUUUAUGACGGUUUUCGUCGCCGGACCUGCGUUUGCACAAAGGACAAUAGUAGUGAGACACUGCAGUACGGUAGUGUGUACUGCCAGCGUAGCGCACCUGCUUUAUAUAGAGCCCAGGGACGAAUACAGCAACAUUUGCCGGUACUCGUCGUCGGACGACCCGACCCAGGGUUAUACGGUUAAUAUAACUCAGCUAGGAACUCAUUCUCAAGAAUCUAACUUAGAUAUAGACGCUGAAAACUUCACGACUAGUUUAGACUACGAUUGGGAAAGCCAGAGGGUUAGUGUUCAGCUGAAAUUCGUCCGCGAAGGUUGCUACCACGCCACGAUCUACUAUAACGGGACGGAGUUGCACAAUGGCGAUUUUGAUAUCAUCGUAUUGAACAGCAUCGAUUCUACUCUAGUCCACAAGAAUGUUGCGUCAAAGAACCACAACGUUUGCUACGACGCAAAACUCGUCGGAAUCAACGGGGAAAGGAUCUCUAAACCAAAAAAGGUGUUGUGUUACGUCUCGCCAAAGCAGUUGAUCAUUAAGGAACUAAUUUUAAAAUUCAUACCAAAGAGGUUAUUUACAUUUAGAUUAUGCCCUUCGACAAAGUUUAAUUUUCACCCGGAAUCGUUAAAGCUGGGCGAAAACUAUUCCAACGCUUUCACAAUAGACGACGGCUGUCAGCCGAAAAUCGAACUCGUAUCGAAAGAGCGCAACGUGAUUGCCGCCACUUUCGCGCAGUUCCUGCUGAAGAAUAUGGGAGGAUCCGAAACGUUUAAGGACAAACAGGACUUCUUUUACCACGAAGUACGGAAGUUUCAUCAGAAGCACUACCACGAGAAGCUGUCGAUGAAAGUGAACAGGGAGAAACUGUUGGAGUCGAGCAUCAAAGCGACGAAGAACUUCUCGGUGUCGGACUGGUGCAGGAAUUUCGAGGUCACGUUCCAAGGGGAGCAAGGAAUCGAUUGGGGUGGACUUCGAAGAGAAUGGUUCGAGUUGAUUUGCGCACAACUCUUCGACGCCAAAAACGGACUGUUCACAAGUUUCCACGAGGGCCAGCAGUCUCUAGUCCAUCCGAAUCCGCAAAGGCCAGGGCAUUUGAAGCUGAGACAUUACGAAUUUGCGGGGAAGGUGGUCGGAAAGUGUCUCUACGAAAGCGCUUUAGGGGGAUCUUAUAGACAAUUAGUUAGAGCUAGGUUUACUAGGUCUUUUUUAGCACAAGUUAUAGGCCUUCGCGUACAUUAUAAGUAUUUCGAACAAGACGAUCCGGAUUUGUACUUGUCGAAAAUCAAGUACCUUCUGGAGAACAACAUCGACGAAAUAGAAACGGAACUUUACUUCGUCGAGGAGCAGUACGACUCGUCUGGUCAGUUGAUCAAGACGAUCGAGCUGAUCCCGAACGGUUCGAAGACGAAAGUGAUGAACUGUACAAAACUGCAAUAUUUAGAUGCUUUAGCACAGUACAAAUUAGCUACGAGUAUUAAGGACGAAAUGGAGGCGUUUCUGAAAGGACUAAACGAACUCAUACCCGACAACCUGCUGAGCAUUUUUGAUGAGAACGAAUUGGAAGCCUUUCAGCUCUUGCUCUGCGGCACCGGCCAGUACAGCAUCGCCGAUUUCAAAGCCCAUCACGUGGUCAACGGGAAUUCCGCCGAAUUUAGGAGGAUCGUGGGUUGGUUUUGGGCGGCGGUGGGUAACUUCACCCAGGAGGAGAUGGCGAGGCUGCUGCAGUUCACCACGGGUUGUUCCCAGCUGCCCCCGGGAGGGUUCAAAGAGUUGACUCCUAGAUUUCAGAUAACCGCUGCACCUACUUUCGGGAAUUUGCCUACCGCACACACUUGUUUUAAUCAGCUAUGUCUGCCGGACUACGACUGCUACGAGCAUUUCGAAAAAUCCCUCCUGCUGGCGAUCAGCGAAGGAACCGAAGGUUUCGGAAUGGUCUGAAUCCAGCAUUAUCCCGUUGAUAUUAUAGAAUUCAGUAUUUUCCUUUUGCUGUGUGAUAUAGUGGUUUCACUUUUUUUACUUUGUACUUAAUUUUAAUUCGCUUAAUAUUAUAUUUUUACUGUUGAAGUCUGAGAAGUAUUUAUAUAUUCAUCUAAUUAAAUU